AUGGUAUCCUUCCCCCAGCAGGAGAGGAGAGCAAUCUACAAUUACGAUGUCCGUGGAGACGAGGAGCUGUCGCUACAGAUUGGAGACACAGUCCACAUACUAGAGACAUAUGAAGGCUGGUACAGAGGUCACAGGCUGAGGAGGAAGUCCAAGAAAGGGAUCUUUCCUGCCUGUUACAUUCACCUCAAGGAGGCCACCGUUGAAGGCAAUGGGCACAAGGAGACGGUGAUUCCCAACGAGCUGCCUCUGGUCCAGGAGGUCACCACCACCCUGCGGGAGUGGGCUUCCAUAUGGAGAGACCUCUACGUGGGGGACAGGCGUGAGAUGUUUAACUCAGUCAGGGACAUGAUCUAUGACCUGAUCGAGUGGCGAUCUCAGAUCCUGUCAGGGACGCUCCCACAAGACGAGCUGACUGAGCUUAAACAGAGAGUCACCUCUAAGAUCGACUACGGGAACAAGUACCUGGAUCUCGACCUCGUGGUGAGAGAUAAAGAUGGCAACAUCUUGGACCCCGACUCUACCAGCACCGUCUCUCUCUUCAGAGCCCAUGAAGCUGCUUCCAAACAGAUCGAGGACAGGAUCCAAGAGGAGAAGUCUCAGAAACAGAAUGUAGAUCUGAGCAGGCAGGCCAAGUUCGCCCAGACACCGUCCUUCGCUCUCUUCGUCACCCUGAAGAACGUGGUGUGUAAGAUCGGAGAAGAUGCAGAGGUCCUCAUGUCGCUCUACGACCCUGUUGAGUCAAAGUUCAUCAGUGAGAAUUACCUGGUGCGAUGGUCCAGUCAAGGCCUGGUGAAAGAUAUAGACCAGCUACAUAACCUGAGAUCAGUCUUCACUGACCUUGGCAGUGAGGAUUUAAAGAGAGAGAAGAUCAGCUUUGUGUGCCAGAUCGUUAGAGUCGGACGGAUGGAGCUACGUGACAACAACACCAAGAAGCUGACCUCUGGGCUGAGGAGACCUUUUGGAGUGGCAGUAAUGGAUGUGACUGACAUCAUAACAGGCAAGAUGGAUGAUGAGGACAAGCAGUAUUUCAUCCCCUUCCAGCCGGUGGCGGGGGAGAGCGACUUUCUCCAGACCGUCAUCAACAAGGUCAUGAAGGAGGUCAACCACAAGGGACAAGGUCUGUGGGUGACUCUGAAACUGCUUCCGGGUGAUAUCCAUCAGAUCAGGAAGGACUUCCCUCACCUGGUUGACCGUUCCACAGCCGUGGCCCGCAAGAUGGGCUUCCCGGAGAUCAUCAUGCCAGGUGACGUGCGUAACGAUAUCUACGUAACCCUGGUUCAGGGAGAGUUUGAUAAAGGCAGCAAGUCCACCCCCAAGAAUGUCGAGGUCACCAUGACCGUCUACGACGAGGACGGAAAGAAACUGGAGAACGUGAUGUUCCCUGGUGCUGGAGACGAGGGCAUCUUGGAGUACAAGUCUGUCAUCUACUACCAGAUCAAACAGCCACGCUGGUUUGAAACCAUCAAGGUUGCCAUCCCGAUUGAAGACGUGAACCGAAGUCACCUGCGAUUCACCUUCCGUCACCGAUCUUCUCAAGAAUCCAAAGACAAAUCGGAGAAGAUAUUUGCCCUGUCGUUUGUGAAGCUGAUGAGGUACGAUGGGACGACCCUGAGGGACGGAGAGCACGAUCUCAUCGUAUACAAGGCGGAGGCUAAGAAGCUGGAGGACUCGUCUCUGUACCUGAACCUGCCUGCUACCAAGGUGGAGCUGGAGGAGAAGGGUUUGUCCACUACAGGGAAGGGUACACACAACCUGGGCAACUGUACCAUCAGCAAGGACUCCUUCCAGAUAGCAACCCUGGUGUGUUCCACCAAGCUCACACAGAACGUGGAUCUGUUGGGCCUGCUGAAGUGGCGCUCCAACACCAGCCUCCUACAGCAGAACCUCCGACAGCUGAUGAAGGUCGAGGGAGGAGAGGUCGUCAAGUUUCUGCAGGACACCCUUGAUGCCCUGUUUAACAUUAUGAUGGAGAACUCAGACAGUGACACGUUUGACACCCUGGUGUUUGAUUCCCUGGUAUUCAUAAUUGGACUCAUUGCAGACAGAAAGUUUCAGCACUUUCACCCCGUCCUUGAGACCUACAUUAGGAAGCAUUUCAGUGCUACUCUGGCGUACACGAAGCUGACCAAGGUUCUGAAGAACUAUGUGGAGAAUGCAGAGAAGCUGACGGAACAGCUGCUGAAGGCCAUGAAAGCUCUGGAGUACAUAUUCAAGUUUAUAGUGCGUUCCAGGGUCCUCUUCAACCA